GGGGCUUUGAGCGUGCUGGUAACAGACCGAAGAGGCGUGUACAGUCUAGCUCUUGGUCGUGACGCAGUGGCGAGGGGCGGGAGAGCAGAGUGGUUUUGCGUGCAGGAAAUUUGCGUUUGGAAGGUUCUCGAUAUCCUGGGGCUAAAUUCUAGAACUUUCUCCAUGGUUACAAAAAAGAACCGACUGCCGAUUGCACUGGCCUGAUGCAGACAAGCUGGAUAACAGUGCUGCAUGUAUAUAGCUACUAAAGUUCUUGCUUCAGAGUGAUCUUCGACACUAAGUUCUAACAACUUGUCAGACUUACGUUAAAAAUAUCUUGCGAAGCUAAUAACCGAAUAGGCUAAGAAACGGAAAAACUGCAACAAAGUAUCAAAAUUGGUUAGCUAACUUUUGCUAGCUGCGUAGUUGGCGUUCUGCUGAACUUUUGGAUAGUUUCUAUAUGUGCAGUCCGUGGCAAGUUUGUAACACUUUAUUCAGUAUUUACUUCAUCUUUGAAUCGUAAAUGGUUAGAAUGGGUAAAGAUUACUACAAAGUGUUGGGCAUACAAAAAGGCGCUAGCGAAGACGAAAUAAAGAAGGCUUACCGUAAACAAGCUCUACGAUUCCACCCGGAUAAAAACAAGUCGCCCGGAGCCGAGGAUAAAUUUAAAGAGAUUGCAGAGGCCUACGAUGUCCUAAGUGACCCCAAGAAGAAGGAUGUCUAUGACCAGUUUGGAGAAGAAGGCCUCAAGGGAAAUGCCUCGAGCGGAGGCCCCAAUGGCACCAACUUCAACUACACCUUCCACGGCGACCCCCACGCCAUGUUCACCGAGUUCUUUGGCGGCCGCAACCCCUUCGAGCACUUCUUCACCCGCAACGGCGGGGCGGACGAGGACAUGGACGUGGACGACCCCUUUGCCAGUUUCGGGAUGGGUGGGAUGGGUGGGAUGGGAGGGAUGGGGGGCAUGGGCGGCUUCCCCAGGUCCUUCAGCGCCCGUACGGGGGGCCUGGAGAAGAAGCAGGACCCCCCUGUGGUGCACGAGCUGAAGGUGACCCUGGAGGAGGUGCUGACCGGCUGCACCAAGAAGAUGAAGAUUAGCCACCGGCGGCUGAACCCCGACGGGCGCACCACGCGCACCGAGGACAAGAUCCUGACAGUGGACAUCAAGCGCGGCUGGAAGGAGGGCACCAAGAUCACCUUCCCCAAGGAGGGGGACGAGACGCCCACCAACAUCCCUGCCGACGUGGUCUUCGUGGUCAAGGACAAGCCACACCCCGUCUUCCGCCGGGACGGCUCCGACAUCAUCUACCCCACCCAGAUUUCUCUGAGAGAUGCCCUGUGUGGCUGCACAGUCCAGGCCCGCACGCUGGACGGCAGGACCGUCUCCGUGACGAUGAAGGAUGUGAUCAGACCCGGGACGAAGAAGCGCGUGCCGGGGGAGGGGCUUCCCCACCACAAGCGGCCCGAGCAGAGGGGCGACCUGGUGGUGGAGUUCGGCGUGAAGUUCCCCGACAGAUUGAGCCAGAGCGCCCGCGACGCCAUCAGCCAGGUCCUGCCCGCCUCCUGAACUCGGCCAAUCACAGAGCUUCGGUGUCACCCAGGGCUUACAGGCCACGCCCGUUCCCACUGUCCAUGUCAGAGGGAGUUCCACUGUUUCCCACAGUCUUCUGGGGUCAGAGGUUUAUCAUUGGGCAUGGCCUUUUCUUAAAAAAAAAAAAAAAAAAAAAUGUAUAUUGCUUUUAUUUUAAUUUAAUUUUAUUUGAAUUCUUCCUAUCACUAUUCAAAGGUUUAUUUCAUCCAUCAGAAAUCAGUUAUUGGCACUCCAUCGUCUUCUCAAACAUUCCUGCGUGAUGGCUGCAAGGGUCAAAGGUCAGCCUCUCUGUGGGGCAGGCACACGCCUCGUUGUCAGCUCUUUGGCAAGCGUCAGAACUCCCCCCAAGAACCCCGUUCAGCAGCGCGGUGCCAGGCUGUCACAGUGUCUGUUUUUCUCUCUAAUCUUUCUGCUAUCUGCAAUAUGUGAAAUUUAAAAGUGAUCUUAUGCAAAUAUUCAGGUUAGGAAGCAAACCUGUUUUUUUUUUGUUGUUUUUUUUUGUGUGUGACUUCACGCUGAACUGAAAGUGACGUGUGUAGAUGUGCAGCAAGCGGUGUGUGUGUGUGUGUGUGUGGGGAGGGGGGGGGGGGUAAAUGCUCAUGUGGGGAUGCAUGUAAUGUAAUGGUAUGCGCUUUAAUAUUGCGGGGCCGUUGCAGACUCCCAUGGGACAGUGUCGAAAGCAGUUACCCUCACACAUGCUGCACACGUCUCUCAGCCAAAGCAGAGGCACCUCUUAGUGUAGCUGUUCGUAAUCUUUUACUAUAAGUAGUAUUUUUGUCAUUUUGAGUUCUCCACAAACCACUGUUAAUACUGGAGUAAAGUUUAUAUUUUGGUUAUUACAAAAUAUAAAUGAAUAAUGCUGCGAAUCAAGGGCUUCGGUACCCUUAUUUUUAAGUGGGGACCCCCCUCCUACCCGCCCUGCACUGCCACCCCCCACCCUUCCUAAAUCCGUGGACCCACCCCACAUGUAGGGCUAUUCUGGCCUUGUCAUUCUAUGUCUUGAAUGAAAAAAAGGCCGUGGACCACUUGCUCUAUGCAGCUGGAAACUGACUUGGACUAUUGAUACUAACUUCCUCUUUCAGCUGUGCUCCCCCACUAGGGGAGACAUGGUGAGCUAAGCGGUGGAGUUUCUGGAGUUUCCCUGUGACUCAGGUCUGUGAGGAGUGGGAACUCGGGGGGGGGGGAUUGCGUGAGGGCUUACUGAGGGCGCCGGUAGUGUUGUGACCAGCUUACCGGACUUACGAAGGGCUGUGGGCUGGGUAAGGACUGUCACUCGCAAUGAAACGCGCGUGACAGUCCGCUGGUUGUCCGGCCCCCGAUGAAUAAUUCUUAGCCGUAACCAAAGAUACUACCAGAGUGGAAUAAGCUGUGUGUGAGUGCGUGACUUAAGUCUUGGAUGUACAUAGCAUGGCCUACUUAAUUCAGUACUAUUUUCUUUUUCUCUGACUGUGGAGACUUGGAAAGAGCUUUUUUCAGGUUCACACCGUCAGAGGGAUUUAGAUUUUUAUUUAUUUUUUUGCCCUCUUCCGGUGUGCGGAUCCGAUUUGCGGAUCGUCGCGUUUUGGUUUCGGGAGAGGUGCUCGGCUUCGCCUGGCGGGUUUCUUUCACGUUCUUUCCGUUGGGAAAGGAGGAUUUUCAGAGUGCGUAAUGACCAAGUGUUUUUAAAUGCUAUUCCAACUACCAGAAAUUUGUGAAUUUGUGUAUAUUAGUCUUUUCAAAAGUAAAAUAGUAAAAAAUAAAUAACAUUUUCUUUUAAUGGUCCUAAACAUAGCAGCUGCCAUUUUUUAUUUUAAAAAAUGUAAGUUUCUCAGGAGUGCACAUUCAUAUAUAUAUAUAUUUUUAAAGAUAGAUUUACGUUUACGUAAGUUUGGGAGAGAUGAAGGGGCACCACCAGGCUUAGAAGGCUAGCGAAAAGACUGGUAGGGGAAAAAAAAUCAGUUUUGUAAAUUCACUUCUUGUCAUUCCAAAAACUGUACGUGUAUAUAUUUUUUUCGUUUACAAGCAUUUGUGACCUUAUCCUGACCGUGUAUUCAGGGUUGGCUUGCCAAGCUCAAUUUGCUUUUUAAUUUGUACAGUGUUUUUUUUAGAGAUGCUGUCACUGAGGCACUUUACAGAAAAACAUUAGAAUAAGUGUGGGUUCAAACGGCUGUUUGAGCAGAAGCAGGUCUGCUAGCUUGAGUGAAGGGGGUGAUCGAUGCAGUGUUGCCAGCGCUUCAGAAAGAAUUGGCCACCAAAUUUUCUGAUGAACGUUACCUACCUUGAACAGAACUGCCUGGCAGUACAGAUUAGGGACUGUCUGGAGGGGAGAGUCUGCGAGUUCCCGGGAUUUCUGGGUGAACCUUCAGAAGUCACAUGGGUGCUCUGAAUGCCCUAAUACUUGGGUGACGCAAUUUUGGGCAGCACUGUUUGUUGAUGCCCCGGACGGGUGGAAGUUUGAGGUUCAGAUGGCAAUAAAAUUUAAUUUAAUUAUAAGUACAUAGAUAAUGGACUAUAAAAUGGGAAAACCCUGUGAGUGAGUGAUUGUUUGGAUGUGUCUGAUUUUGGGUGGGCUGGUUUCCAGAGGUCCUCGUGUUGUCCAGACAGGCCCAGGGGGUGCUCUUGUUCCACAUAAUCCAAAUGUUCAUGCUGAAGGUCUCACGUCUUCCUCCUCCAGUAUGAGUGAGCUGGAUGUUUGUACCACACGUGCUCUUCUGGUUAACAACCAGCAUUAUAAUUUGUAAAUGUGGUUUAGAAUGCUUUGCACAUGUCAUUUUUCUUUAAAAAAAAAA